UUUUUUUAGGGGGAGGGGGGACGCGAGAACAUAUCGUGCUGCAAUUAGUUCAUUGAAAACUCAGUCGCUCGCGGAGCGGUCAGACGGAGACUGCUCUCGGCAUUUUUCCCUCCUGCCUAAGGAUCUCCUGCGGAGAGCUGCAACAAUGCCCAAAAGAAAGGCUGCAAGCGAUGCCAAUCAGGAGCCAAAGAGAAGAUCAGCCCGACUGUCUGCUAUGCCUGUGCCCUUUAUACCAGAGUUGAAACCGAGAAGAGCAUCAACUCCAAGGAAAAUGAAGGCCACAAAUGUUGCAGUGGAAGAAAACAAGGAUGCAGGUGUCGUGGCAGUUCCUGAAAGCAAGCCCCAAGAUGUUCAGGAGGCGUGCAACAUGGACAACGCUGAAAAUGGAGAAGCCAAAGUUGUGGAGGCACCCAUUCAAAAGAUGGAAGUAGAGGAAGUCAAAGAAGAGAUGAAUGAAAAUGCUGAAGGAGAUGGAGGAGAAAAGAAAGAAGCAGUGGCGGCAGAAGGAAAAGAUGAUGAGCCAGGGGAAAGCAUCCAAAAUUUAGAGAAGGGUGAAGAUGGAGAAGAGGACAAAGAUAAAGAUGAGGAGGUGAAAGAUGAAAAGAGGGAAGAAGUCCUGGAAGAAAAGCCAGAUGCAGCAGGAAGUGGGGACGCAAAAGAGGACAAAGAUGAUGAAGGCAAAGGAGGUGAUGAAAAAGAAGACAGCAAAGAGGAGGAAGGGGAUGGGAAGAAGGAAGAAGAGAAAGAUGACAAAGACGAGAAAGCUGAAGCCAAGGAAGAAGUUAAGCAACAGAAAGAGGAAAAAGAAGAGGAAGGUGGAAAAUACAAAGAGGAAAAUAAAGAAGAUGAACAGGAAGGUCAGAGUGAGGGAGACGGAAAGGAGAAAGAUGAAGGGAAAGAGGAGGAGAGAAAGGAGGAAGAAGGCAAAGAAAAAGAGGUUGCAGGGGAAGGAAAUGAUGAAGACAAGGAAGAUGAAAGCAAGGUGGAGGCCGAACAAGAAGCUGAAAACAAAGAUUUCAAACAAGGUGGAGAAAAGGAGGCGUCUCUGAGUAUUGUCUAAAACUGCCCUAUGUGAUAUCAUAAUUUGGUAACAUGUACCUUCCUGUUGUAAUGUUAAUAGAGAUAAAUAUUUUUAUCAGAUAUUUUAUAAGCAGUGCUUUUCUUUAGCAUCAUUCAACCUUGGAACAUCAUCAUACAGGUUAUUAGUUGCAAAAUACCUAACAUCACACCUUUAUACAUUUUGUGAUUAUAGUAGUGCAAAAUAUAAAAUGUAUACUUGCAACUUUGUGAAUUUCACUGUGUGUAAGUUAUAUAUUAAACCUUUGUGUUUCAAUUUUAUUCUUAUACGUGAUAAUUUUGCAGACAGGAGAAUUCCAAAAGAAAGAGUUUGGUACAACUUUGCUGUUGUUCUCUAGGUUGCUUUUAUAAAGAAGGUCAACUAUUUUCAGGUAAUGUUAAGAGUUAGAAUUGCCAUUACCAAAUAUAACUGUAUUAGUAGCUUGGAAAGAAUAUAAGAUCUUAAUUUUGUUUUUGGAAAAAUUUGAAUGUUUAUUUCAGGAGGGCAGUUUUGAUUAUAUGUGUAUGCACAAGGUUUUGCUGGCUUUAUCAUAAUAAAACAGUUCUACAAACAUGA